UCAAGAACCAAGCUCGCGGGAGAGUGCCGCAGUUCUCCACUUCUACCUUCUUCCGCCGGCUCCAUCCUCCUCUAAAGCCUGCCCGCCUAACCACCGUAUUGUUGUUUGUCGACCUCGUACCUAGCCACCACUGUCCUGAGCUUCUGCGUGGUGCUCUGUGCUGCUUGAAACCUGAGUUCACUGUACUUAUGUUCCCUCCAUAAGAAACGGGAACUGGACUGUCCACCUACAAGCUCUCGAUAACGAAUGAUAACUUCUCUGUCCUGCUCAGCUUCUAAGCCUUUUGGGAAUUGCUUUUCUGGGUACUGCGUUUAAGUUACAAUUACUCUGAGUUACUUGCAAUUUCUCUAUACUCAUGGCUGCAUGGUUCUCGAGAAAACUAUUGAAAGAUGUUGUGCUUAAAAGGAUAGUUUCACGUCCUCUCCAUGGCUCCAGAUGUUACUCUUCUGUAGCAGAAAAUGUUUCUAAGAUUACUCACUCUUCGAAGAAAGGAAGAUUAUUGACAGGAGCAACCCUAGGCCUUGUUAUAGCCAGUGGAGCUUAUGUGAGUACUGUGGAUGAAGCUACUUUCUGUGGAUGGUUGUUCUCUGCAACAAAACUUGUGAAUCCUUUUUUCGCACUAUUAGACCCAGAGGUUGCACACAGGCUUGCUGUCUCAGCUGCAGCUCGUGGUUGGGUUCCUAGGGAGAAGAGGCCGGAUCCAUCAAUCUUAGGGCUGGAAGUUUGGGGAAGAAAGUUCUCUAACCCAGUAGGUCUUGCUGCUGGCUUUGAUAAAAAUGCUGAGGCUGUUGAAGGUUUACUUGGCUUGGGUUUUGGCUUUGUAGAAGUUGGCUCUGUUACACCUGUUCCCCAAGAUGGCAACCCAAAGCCUCGCAUCUUCAGGUUGCGCACAGAAGGUGCUAUCAUAAAUAGAUGUGGCUUUAAUAGUGAGGGAAUUGUUGCUGUUGCAAAGCGGCUGGGCGCACAGCAUGGUAAGAGGAAGUUGGAUGAAACUUCAAGUGCUUCAAAUUCUUCCAGUGAUGAAGUCAAACAUGGUGGAAAAGCUGGCCCGGGCAUUCUUGGUGUCAAUCUUGGAAAAAACAAAACAAGUGAAGAUGCUGGAGCAGAUUAUGUUCAAGGUGUUCAUACACUCUCCCAGUAUGCUGAUUAUUUGGUGAUUAAUGUUUCAUCACCCAAUACCCCUGGCUUGCGCAUGCUUCAAGGAAGGAAGCAAUUAAAGGAUCUUGUGAAGAAGGUUCAAGCUGCUCGUGAUGAAAUGCAAUGGGGUGAGGAGGGUCCACCUCCAUUGCUUGUUAAGAUUGCCCCAGACUUGUCAAAAGAAGACCUAGAAGAUAUUGCAGCGGUUGCGUUGGCUCUUCGCCUGGAUGGACUGAUUAUAUCAAAUACAACCGUUUCAAGGCCAGAAGCUGUCAGUGGAAAUCCGGUGGCUGCAGAAACUGGUGGUUUGAGUGGGAAGCCUCUCUUUGAUCUCUCUACCAAUAUCUUGAAGGAGAUGUAUAUCUUGACAAGGGGCAAGAUUCCUUUAAUUGGCUGUGGAGGCAUUGCCAGUGGUGAGGACGCAUACAAGAAAGUACGAGCUGGAGCAACACUUGUUCAACUAUAUACAGGUUUUGCUUAUGGAGGGCCUGCACUUAUCCCUCAAAUAAAGGCUGAAUUAGCUGAGCGCUUGGAGAGAGAUGGUUUCAAAUCCAUUCUGGAUGCAGUUGGUGUGGAUUGCUGACGACUUUGAUCCAUAUUGAAUGCCAGCUGCGGCAGUGUUACUUUCCUUGAAUAAUUCUUGAAGUUGCAAGGGUAACUUAAAAGUUUUGGUAUCAUUUAUUCCUGAUUGAAGUUCAUUGCUGUUCUUUUCAUGAGCUGGGCAAAGGGUUCUAGGAGUAAUCCAAAUCCAAGUCUUCUGUAUAAAUAAACAAAUGAUUUAUGUUGGGGAAGCCCUUCUUUGUGACUGAGGGUUGAUUGAGGUUUCUGUUAGCAGUCGAGGAAUGCCAUAUUGAUCGAUGAAAUAUAAAUUAUUGUGUCUAA